CCCCCCAAAAAAAAGUUGGAUUGGUUCCUUUUUGACCCACUUUGGGUAUAUUGUUAACCCAACUGUUUUGUGUAUGUAAAAGUGUUUGACUCUUGAAUGUGAGUGAAGAAAAAUCAUGCUUGAGAGCUGUUCACCAGAGUGUCUAAAAGUGUUAAAUGAAAAAUGUUUCACCUGCGUGCAUGACAGUGUUGCAUUUGUCUUUGUGAAUGAAUGAACAUUCUGUCCAGACCGUUAAAAUUGUUGUAUUGUAAAAUUGUAAAAUUGCACGUGAGAGUUUCACUAAUGGAUGUCAAAGAGUUUCACUUGGGUCGUGUACGUGAGCGAAAUUUUUUUAUGUGUGUGUUUUUGAGCGCAUUUCCCAAGUGUGUAUCUGCGUUCCACAUGCGAGGUGAAAAGCACAACAACAAGCGUGCGUACGUGCGAGGCACCUCGUGGAUUAAAGAUGAGCAAAUGUGCACAUGCAGCUUGUUAUUAAGAGCCAGUCAGUGUGAUUUAUUCCCCCGUUCGGAGUAUUCAAGGGAAGCCGGGAGUCGAGUCGAGUUGAGGGCCGGGUGGGUCCGGGUGGCUGUUACGCGCAUGGUUUGGGUGUGCCGGUACGUGCGCGUCACGGAAGGCCGCCAUCCGGUGGCCCCCACUGUGGGAACGCUAUAAAGUCCCAGCGAGGGCAACGCGACGCGCAGGAGUGCCUCAAGUCACUUAUCUCCCCUUCUGCGUCAUCUUCAUCCGCAUCCAAAGGGAUUUAAACGUCUUUCUUUACCGGUCGUUGGACGAACACAAUGAACUUUCUGCUCGCGUUUCUGUUUUGUGGAUUGUACGCGCUCUUUGCCAAAGGUGCAGACGUGGAGGGCAACGGUAAAUACGGUGUGCCUGUGUUGGAAGGGACGCAAGGACAGCUCGUCCUGGAGCUCAACCAGACCCUGGAGCUCAGCUGCAGAGGUCGCUGGGAGCUGUCGUGGUCUUUCCCGCCCAACCUGCCUCACGACCGGAUCCGCGUGGAGGAAUCCCGCUGCGGCAAGUCGCAACGGCUGCACUGUAGUCGCCUGACACUGCUGGGCGGUGCCCGGCCACACCACACGGGCUAUUUCCUGUGCCGAUACCGACACAGAGUGGAACGGCAGGCGUCGGUUUACGUGUAUGUGGCAGACAGUCGGCAGCCAUUUGUGGACCAUCCAGAGAUGAGCCCCGAUGUUUUGUACAUGAAGGAGAAGCAGCCGCUGGUCAUCCCCUGCAGGGUCACUCACCCAAAUGUCACCAGCACCUUGGUCAAAUUCCCCAACCACAGCUUGAGUCCCGACCAGAGGAACAUCGUGUGGAGCACCAGGCGGGGCUUCACCAUCCGGACUCCCACCUUCUUCUACAUCGGCCUCUUCUUCUGCCAGACCCUCGUCGACGGUGUGGCGCACAAGUCGCGCAUCUACAUCGUCCACCGGCCAGUGAGUAACAUCUUGGACGUGUAUCUGAACAGCAGCGGUCCCGUGCAGGCCUUAAAGGGGGAGAGGCUGGUGCUCAACUGCACCGCCACCGGAGAACUGAACACCAGGGUCAACAUCUCAUGGGACUACCCUGGAAAGACGAGCAACAGCGGCUCCACGUCCAAGCGUCUGCUCAAGCACAGAACGCACAUGUUGUUCUACAACAUCCUGACCAUCCCCAAGCUGCGGCGCUCCGACCGCGGCCUGUACACGUGUCGCGUCAGCAGCGGCAACAAAACCAAACAGCAGAAAGUUACCGUCACCGUCUACGAUCGUCCCUUCAUCCGAUUGAAGCCCAGACGAGGAACUGUCAUGGAGGUCCAAGCGGGUCAAAAGGCCUACCGAAUUUCACCCAAACUCCGAGCGUUCCCGGCUCCCGAAGUCAUCUGGUUGAAGGACGGCAUGCUGGCAGCCGAGCAAUGCUCCCGCUACCACCUCGACGGCCAUUCGCUGGUCAUCCGCGACGUGGCGGAGGAGGAUGCUGGGAAAUAUACCGUGCGCGUACGCAUCCAGGAGCACGGACUCUACCAGAACCUCACGCUGAUACUCGUGGUCAACGUGAGCCCCCAGAUCGCCGAGAAAGCCGUGUCGUCGCAGAGCGCGGCCGCCGUGCCGCGGGGGAGCCGGCAGUCCGUGCACUGCACGUCCCACGGCGUCCCCGCGCCGCACGUCCACUGGCUGUGGCACCCGUGUCCGCCCAAAGGCCUGUGCGCUCCUCCGACAUCCUCUUCUGGCUGGACCCCCUUGAACGAGGGGCUCCCCGCCACGCCCACACACAACCACAUCCAAAGUAUGACCCGCAACCAGGAAGUGCUUCAGGGGAAGACCAAGACGGUCGGUGUGGUCACAGUGGCCCGGGCUGUGGUGUCAGGUGUGUUCCGUUGCGUGGCAUCCAACUCCGUGGGACUGGACCACCUGGACAUCAAUUUCUUCGUCACGGACAUUCCAGGAGGCUUCGCCGUGAGUCAGCAUGAAGACCCCAGAGAAGGCGGAGAGCUGCACCUCAACUGUAGCGCCAACAAGCACCUGUACAGCAGCCUGUCGUGGCGCCGCCUCCAUCCCGCCGGCGGUGGCGGGGGCAGCGGCUGGGGCGGGCGCACUUUCCUUCACGGCCACUCGUCCAUGGGGGACUUCUCGCGCUCUCUGCGUUUGUCGCUGAGCAACCUGAGCACCCAGGACUCGGGCGCCUACAUGUGCGCCGCCCACCACCGCCUCACUGGGCAGGAGGCCCACCUGGUGGUGCAGGUGAGGGUCUCAGUCCUGGAGCCUGCCGUGCUGCUCAACAAUUUGACGGAUUGGACAGUGAACGUUAGCAGCUCGGUGACCCUCCGCUGUCCCACCAAGGGCGUCCCGCGUCCGACUGUCACCUGGUACAAGAACAAACGCCUUCUGUUGGCAGGAUCUGGUAUCGUCUUAUCCCCUGAAGAGGACUCCCUCCAUAUCGACCGCAUCACCAUGGAAGACCAGGGCUUGUACACAUGCCGGGCCAGCAACCAAAAGGGCUCUGCGGAAAGCUCCGCCUACAUUUGGGUCAACGGCGCAGCCGAAAGUCCGUCGAUGGAGAUUCCGACUCUGGCGUGCACGUGCGUGGUGGCCACUUUCCUUUGGCUUCUCCUGACGCUCCUAAUUCGAAAACUACGACAGCCCGACAGUUCCCGGAACAAAGCCGAGUACCUGUCCAUCAUACUGGACUCGGGAGACGGCCCCGCGGAGCAGCGGUGCGAGCGACUCCAGUAUGAUCCCAAGCGGUGGGAGUUCCCUCGAGAGCGUCUCAAAUUAGGCAAGAAUUUGGGUCGUGGAGCCUUUGGGAAAGUGGUGCAGGCGUCGGCGUUUGGGAUGGGCAACGCUUCGGGCUGCAGGACGGUUGCCGUGAAGAUGCUCAAAGAGGGCGCCACAGUCAGCGAGCACAAAGCCCUGAUGACCGAACUGAAAAUCCUCAACUACAUCGGACACCAUCUCAAUGUUGUGAACCUACUGGGAGCUUGCACCAAGCCGGGAGGUCCGCUGAUGGUGAUUGUGGAGUACUGUCGCUAUGGAAACCUGUCCAGCUUCCUGAAGAGCAAACGAGGCGUGUUUGGGGUGUCCAGAAGAAAAUCUGGAGAGACGAGUUGUGAUAUCCAGCCAGCAAGAAAUAACACAGCAGGCGAUGCAGACACAAACUCUCCAUUAUUCCUGGAGGAUCUCAUCUCCUUCAGCUUCCAGGUGGCGCGAGGAAUGGACUUCCUGGCAUCCCGCAAGUGCAUUCAUCGAGACCUGGCAGCCCGAAAUGUUUUGCUGUUCGACAACAAAGUUGUGAAGAUUUGCGACUUUGGCCUGGCCAGGGACAUCUACAAAGACCCCGACUAUGUGCGAAAGGGAGAUGCACGCCUGCCUCUGAAGUGGAUGUCUCCGGAGUCCAUCUUUGACAAGGUGUUCACCACUCAGAGUGACGUCUGGGCCUUUGGCGUCCUGCUUUGGGAGAUCUUCUCUUUGGGGGCGUCACCAUACCCCGGCCUGCACAUCGACGAAGAGUUCUGCCGCAGGCUGAAGGCGGGUACCAGGAUGAGGGCGCCAGAGUACAGCACGGCCGACAUUUACAGCACCAUGCUGGCCUGCUGGAAGGCUGAGCCCACCGAGAGACCCUCCUUCUCCGACCUGGCACACACCCUCGGAGACCUGCUCGAGUCCACGGUGCAACGGAAUGGGAAGGAUUAUAUUCCUCUGGGAUCUCACGUGGAAUCUUGGAAGAGCAGCAAGUCCUUCCGAGAAAAAACCCUUGCCGUCACCAAUUUAAGUUACAUGCACGCAGUGUUGGGCACUCUGGACAUGUUUGAGGAAAUGCCCUGCGAGGAUGCAUUUCAUGGAUCUGAGGAGGGGGACAGCGGCAUGGUCCUACCUUCAGAGGAGCUGCAGCGUCUAUCGUGGAGGCACGACGUGAAGGAAGGCUCACGUCUCCAUGGCAACGGGCCUUCCGAGUGGGAUUCGGACCAGGGCGGCUGCUCUGCUCCCGACUACAACUGGACCUUCUUUUACCCCUCCCUCUAGCAACCCUCCACCAUCACCCCCCUCCAUUACUUUGUAUUUAGCUUAGCAUAACAAUUAAGAGUUGAUAGUUGUAUUGGUACCUCAUCUGUGUGAAAAGGAGGCUUUCCUUCCUUUUCACACUGACAUUAUAUGCUGGAUAUGUUUACGCUUAGUUUGACGCUAUCAUUGAAGAGGAAUGAUUUUAGUAACACUAAUAUACGAAUAAAAUAUUUUGAAAUGGCCCCAAAAUGUUUUCUUUGUUACAAGCUCAAAAAAAAAAUGUUUCAGAAAAACCUCACCCACAUGACUUUCAAGAAUUAAGUUGGAAUUUGUGCAAAAAGUGCCUUUUUUCAUAUCUAGCUUAUUUUCCGCACUACGAGGCACACCUUCAAUGAAUGGCCGGUUUUCAAAACCUUUUUUCACAUAUGUAGGGCGCAUCGCAUUAUAAGAAUCGAAGCUACAAUAGUGGCUGCAGUUGCGCUGGGCAUCCACUAGACGGAGCCAAAGGGAAGACAUCACAAUCCAACUUGAUUCAGAUUGAGCCUUCACAACCGCUGCAGCUUAAAAAAGUGCUUUACACAUUUAAAAUACUAGGUUCAAGAAAUCAGAAUAUAGAUCAUAUAAAAGUCACAUCGGAUUAUAAGGCGCAAUUGGCUUUUGAGAAAAUUGAAUGCUUUAGGUGCGCCCUAGCGUGCGGAAAAUACUUGAUUUUAUUUUGACAAUCAUAGAAUUUUCUUUGUUGCGAUUACCCCAAAAUGCACAUUUCUUCCUCAACACUGCAUUUUUAUUCAACAUGUAUCUAGAUUUUUUUUUCUAAAUCUACCUCGUCUACUUUUUUUAAAAAACAGGACAACGCUGUAUUAUUUUCGGUAUUCUUUAUUAAAAUACUGCUGUACACACAAAUGUUGCAAAAUUUGAGCCAUGGGAACACCAGAGGAGCAAAAACAAAACAAAAAACAA